UUCAUCAGUCAUCAGGCACACACAGUGUUUCGUUUCAUAUUUGUAACGAGUGUGUUUUUUCCAUUCCCUACAGCAAAAAUACGUAAUCAAUUAGUGAGAAGAUAAAGAUGAAAAAAUUUAAAUUUAAUUUAAAUCCAUAAAGUUGUUAUUCAAAAAAUGGUAAGCACAACAAUUUCACUUGACAACAAAACGCCAUCUACAUCUGAUCCUAAAGCCAUUGCCGUACCAUUAGCUACAACUAGCGUGCAAAAAUUAGACCUAUCAUCCAGUUUGAAUGAGAAAAUUUCAAUUUUAUUUCCUAAAUGCCGUCCAAAAAGUGAUAUCAAUUUGAAUCCAAUGAACAUUAACUCAAUGACGACUCCGACCCCAUCGUCUCUGUCAUCAGAAUCGUCGUCUGCCGCGACAAAAUCACCAAACAUCAAUACCAAUCCGUUUUUAAUGAGUCGACAGCCGGUGGUCGAGAAGACUUCCUACUAUUACAAGACAAAGGAAGACUAUGACUUUCAGCCGAAUUCAGCCGUUUCAAAUUAUACGCAAAAAUUGUUGUCCCAGAAGCAAACGUACUACAAUUCUAGUCAAAACCCAUUUAUCAAAGAAAAUCACUGGGAGACGCGAAAACGGACACCGAAUACAACGCCAGCGAGUACUGUAUUAAAUUCUCCCGAUUUAACGGAGAUAGAGACACGAGUCAGUUAUCCGAAAACCGGUCAUCAUAUUAGGGUAGGCAGAAGCCCGGUGAAUCAUACAGAUGGGCCUAGCUCCGUUGAAAUUGUUUCGCCCACCAAAAUGGCAGUUGAAGAUGGUGAAGUUGUUGUCUUCGAUGACAUCGGCGAGAAUUGGCAAAACUUGCGAAUUACAACGGACUCUCAACACGCUGCCUCGUUGGAUGACUAUGCGACGAUACGGCAACAUGCUGCGUUAGACAAUACGGUCGGCAAAUCGAAUUACGAUGCUGGUAUCGAGUAUUUAGAUAGAAAUUACGGCAAUGCGUCGAUUGGAGACUCACUGAAAAACAUUUCGGGAAUCAUGGAAUACGAUGGCUCACCGCGUCGUUUCGGACAAAACAAUGAUCUUCAUUUGCCUUGUUCAGCGCAGAACCAGAAAACGAUGACGUCGUCCCUGUUUUCCUCGCCGCGUCCCGGUUUUCCACAGCGCAUACUAAUGACACCUCAGGAAAUAUCGAAUCCGACAACGUCUUACAACCAAAUAAAUGCCGACGACACCAGCAAUGAUGUUUCCGAAAUUGGUACCUCAUCUGACAUGACGAUAUCGGAACAGCCGCCCAAAAACUCGACGUUUGACUAUUUGUACGAAUUUUCGGAAACGCGCAAAGUAUUGGAAGAGUUCUUCAAGUGUCCAGGAAAUGACGAAAAAGUACCUGAAAACGGAAGUGACGUCGAUAGCAUUGACAUACAUUACGAGUUCAAAGGUAAUCCGGAAAAUGAUUUUGCAAAAUACAUCGGACAACGAUUGGCCAGCAGUCCAUUUGAGGAAUUUUCGGAAAUUGAUUCGCCGAAAACGAAUGGCAUGGCGAACAAACAGUUAAUGGAACCGAUCGAAACGCGAAACGUUGACUAUUUCCUCGAUUCGGCCAGUCGCAGCAGCGGCGAGGUGCUCGACAAUGACGCUAAACAUUUGAAUCGGAACGAAUCGAGGUGCUUUCGUUAUUCACCCGAAACGACUGAUUACGAUUCGAAUUGCGGUGACUUGGACAGUUUGUCUGGUGAUUUUAAUGUGAGCAAUAGCUACCCGACGAAUUAUGCAAAGUAUUAUACCAGCAUGCCCAUAUUGGAGGACGGUCUAUCCAGUGGCCAUGCGUCGGACGGUCAUGCAUCCGAUACGGAAAAUAAUAAUCCGUCUGGAAUAUCAGUUGUGAUGGACAUGAGAAACAAAUCGAUGACGGAAACCAGAAAAAGUACUACACCAACCAAGUCGGACAUAAUCUACAACAUGGAAAACACGAUGCUGAGAAAUGCUAGCAAUUUCAAGGAAGAUUUCAUUAAAAACGAAAACAAUAUUGACGAAAUCAGUCGAUUUAAACAAAUAGAAACGAGAGACAACCAACCGAGUCCCAUCAAUAAAAUAUUCAAAAACAUUGAUCCCGAACUGGACUCAUUGUAUUCGAUAAAUAUGGUUCAGCUAACGCCUCCACCACCAGCGCCAGCACCUCACCGUAAACCGUCAAUGGUGUCUAGUUCAUCGCCAUCGCCCGAUGUUCAAGCUGCCUUGAAAGACAUAAAAAACACACUGCAACGGACUAAAGCAUUACCAAGCACUGACGAUAAGAAAAUGGUUUCAGAUCUAGUUUCUUCUCCAAGCCUUUGCUCGCCUGUUUGGAUACCUAGACAUUAUGAUAACACCGUGGAGAGUAUGGAAUCGGAACCGGUACUUAGAAAUGUUAGUGGCGAUGAGGAAGAGAUUGACACGGACCUGGAGACUGAUCGUCUGUUGGGUAGCGGUCAUCAACGAUUAGAGGAUCAUGGUUUUUAUGAUGAUAAGAAUUGGUGUGAUCGAAAAUCGAGGUCGCUCCUGUCGUCAUCUCUAUCGAAAUUUUCACCACAACUGCAAGCAGCCGCAAACAAUUCGGGCUCCAUUUUGAGACAAGGUCUAAAUUCACUAUUGCCUACAACACCGGAAAUAACAGCCAAUAAUUCCACGACCAGUAAGUUAUUGGAUAUUGGUGGUUCAAUGUCUUCGCCAGAGCAUAGUGAAAAGUCACCGGAUAAGGCCAUCGAAAUGCCAAAAAAUAACGAAAGUCCUACCGGCUCAAAUCUGUCCGAGGAAGACAAGGAUGCGGAAAAGAAGAAGAAAAGUAAAAACAAGGAAGUUCUGAUAGAAGGAGUAUUAUUUCGAGCUAGAUAUCUCGGUUCGACGCAAUUAGUUUGCGAAGGUCAGCCCACAAAGUCAACGCGAAUGGUGCAGGCAGAAGAGGCUGUCUCUAGGAUUAAGGCAUUGGCUCCCGAUGGCGAAGCACCAAGCACCGAAGUCGAUUUGUUUAUAUCAACCGAAAAGAUAAUGGUGCUGAACACCGAUUUGAAGGAAAUAAUGAUGGAUCAUGCACUGCGUACGAUUUCCUAUAUAGCCGACAUUGGUGAUCUGGUAGUAUUAAUGGCACGCCGACGAUUUGUACCGAAUGAAAUUGAUGAUGCUCCCAAGCCAAAUCGAACGCCAAAAAUGAUUUGCCACGUUUUCGAAAGUGAGGAGGCUCAAUUUAUAGCUCAAUCAAUCGGUCAGGCGUUUCAAGUCGCCUACAUGGAGUUCUUGAAAGCGAACGGAAUUGAAGAUCACAGUUUUGUGAAGGAAAUGGAUUACCAAGAAGUGCUUAACAGUCAGGAAAUAUUUGGCGAUGAACUGGAAAUAUUUGCCAAAAAGGAAUUGCAAAAGGAAGUCGUUGUGCCGAAAGCGAAGGGUGAAAUAUUGGGCGUAGUUAUCGUCGAAUCGGGAUGGGGUUCUAUGCUUCCGACAGUUGUGAUCGCUAAUCUGUCGUCGUCCGGGGCAGCGGCUCGAUGUGGUCAGUUGAAUAUCGGCGACCAGAUAAUUGCGAUAAAUGGCCUCAGUUUGGUCGGAUUGCCAUUGUCGACAUGCCAGAAUUACAUAAAAAAUUCGAAAACGCAAACUGUGGUCAAAUUCACCGUUGUACCGUGCGCUCCAGUCGUUGAAGUGAAAAUCAAACGGCCAAAUACGAAAUAUCAACUUGGAUUUAGUGUACAAAAUGGAGUUAUAUGUAGUCUACUUAGAGGAGGAAUUGCUGAACGAGGCGGAGUACGAGUGGGACAUAGAAUAAUAGAAAUAAACAAUCAAAGUGUGGUCGCUGUACCACACGAGAAAAUCGUCAAUCUACUGGCAACGUCCGUUGGAGAGAUCUUAAUGAAAACGAUGCCGACGUCGAUGUUCCGACUACUAACUGGUCAAGAGAAUCCAGUUUACAUUUAAGUGAUUUUAAUGUGUAAAACUAAAUGUGAAAUUAAUUUACAUUCCAUGUAAUAUUUAGCUUUGGAAUUUUCUUCUUAAAAAAACAAACCAAACCCAUCAAAUGAUGGUCUGCUUACGUAUAA